AUGACGGGACGCGGAAAGAACCGGUCGAGAAAAGCUCAGCGCAAGGAGGAGCAGCAGCGCAAGGAGCAGCAGCGCAACGAGUCCGAAGAGGCACAAGGGCACGCCGGACCAAGCCAAGUGCCGCAACUUGCUGUGCCGGUGACUCCAUCUCCCAGGAAACCCACAUCUGAGGAUGCAUCCCCGCCCAAGAGGCGUCUGCAAGUCGCGGAUACCCCAACGCCGCACGGCACCGGCCAUAUCCAGAAGGAUGAAGAUGCCGCGAAGAUAUUGGCUCUUACUGGAAUUCGACAUAAAAUGUCGCGAGAGGUCGAACAACAAGUGCAGGAAGUCAUCGGCGACAACCGCAACCGUCAUGGAAAGCAGCACAGCAUUUCUCAGCUCAGCAACUUGACCAUCGGCGUGACACAAUCCCCAGACAAGCAGCAGAUGAUCCAAAAGGGCAGGCAAACGGCCGAGUCCAUCAUCGAGGGCAGGCUUCAAAGCAAGAAGAAAUAUCUAGCCCAAGCCGAACAGCUCGUCACAAUUCUCUACAAGGCAUGGCACAAUGGUGGCCUCGAUGUGACGAAAGACAAGUACGACUCCCAGCUUGAGCAGUUGGAACGCUUCAUCACAGCCCUGAGAGGAGAUGUUGUUGUUAUCCAAACCUCUCGACACGAACUCGGCGGUAGACUCAUGGAUAAUAUGAUCUGGGAACAAGACCUUCAGAACACGGAUUGGGCCUAUCUGGAUCUUUUGAUCAGUCGCUAUAAGACGCCCGAGGGAGCAAAGCUCUCUUUGUUUGCUCCGAGAGAUGCGGACGCCCAAGCUAGGUUUCGCAAGAGGGUAAUGAAUGCAUACGAUGCGGUGCAUAAGGAUUCGGAGUGGUGUGUCAUCGCUGGCAGAUUCUUCGGGCCGCGUGAUAUAAAGGCAGCCCAUAUUGUUGGGUACAAUGUCGGCGAGCCUUCUGCGCGGCACCUGUUUGGGCCACCUAGUGACAAUAAUGGCCACCUAAUGUCAGAUAAGAAUGGCAUCCCAAUGUAUGAUCUGUACGAAAAGGCUUUCGAUGACGCACGGUUGGUCAUCAUACCAGAGGUACAACCGGAUGGAAACCCACGAAAAGGCUGUUGGAAAGUCUAUUGCCUCGACGACCCCGAUACCCAUGAAGAGUCUACACAGGUCCCAGUUGGUCGUGAGCUUCAUGGGCGCUCGUUGAAGUUCCGGAACGACUUUCGACCCUCUGCCCGAUACUUAUACUUUGCGUUUUGUAUCAAUAUUUUGAGGAGGCAACGGCACAAGGUCCCCGGUUGGUGGCGAGAUGUGUUCCUCGAGGGCCCGGGAAAGGUUUGGGCAACGCCGGGCACUUACUUGCGCACUUCGACUCUUCGGAGACUUGCGCACCAAAUCGGCCACAUGACCGAGGAGGAGGUGGUCGAAUUCGCAGGACCAGCUGAUGCUGAUGAGGAAGAAGAAGAAGACGUGGAGAUGCUGGAUGCCCAAGCCGACCUGGUGCUCGCAGCCUACCUUGACCAGGGUUCGCCCACUCCUGCCACCCACAAGGGUCAGCGUCUCCCGCGCGACGAGAGAUAUGAUUGA